AUGGACGCGUUUGAUGGCGAGCUGAGCGAUGUUGAAGAAAGCCAGGCAACCCAACUGCUGCUAGACAUUGUUCCCCGAAAAUCUCCCAGCCCAGGCCUGCCUUCAAAGGGCUCCUCAAAGCCAACUGCCGUGCAACCAGCGGGAGCCGACAUCUCGGUCGACUCGCACAACUCUUCUCGCAUUUCAACUUCAAUACCAACGUAUCAUUUUCACGGAUUAGCAACUACGCAGACCGAAACGGACCUAACGAUGGAGGAUCACAAUGGAGGAUCACAGAAAGAGAAUAUCCAAGCACCAGUGGGGGCAGCGGAGAUACAGCAAGUAGAAGGGGGAUCUAGAGCUGUGCAAGGCCAGGCAACUCCCUCCAUUAGCAAAAGUGGCCACAACAAAGCAAGCCACUCAGUCUCGCACAGCAAAGACACCGAACGCGAGACCUAUCGCACUGUCUUCUCUACAAUCACCGUCAAACUCGGUGAAACAGUCGCUCAAGUCCUCGAUGCGCCAGAAACCCAGCAACUCGGUGGCAUCAUCAAGUCGAAAGCCUACAAAGUCCCCGAUCCGAGCUGA